UUGACAUAGUACUUGGUCAAUCUCUGCUUCUUCAUGGAGGCAUAGAGAGUAAGUUCUAUCGAAAACAGAGCAAAUUAGUGUUUUGAAUUACUCUGUUUUGGUGAAUGAAUUCGAGAUGGGUGAUUCAGAAACUAACCUCUCACAUUCCCUCUUGCCUCUCUACCAUCUUAUGCACUUCGAAACUCCUAACCCAGCAGAGCCCAAGUUGCAAAGUCUCGACCUUUCUCCUCAACCACGUCGAUAUCAGCCUCCUCUUAUCCAUCUGCGGCAGAGAAGGCUGGUUUCCUCACCUGGGUCCUUCCCUCCACGCCUCCGUUAUCAAAAGCCCCGAGUUUUUCGAGCCCGUUGAUGCUGACAUCCAUCGAAACGCUCUCGUUGUUUGGAACUCUCUGCUCGCACUGUACGUUAGAAACGGAGAGUUAAUUGAUGCGCGCAAGUUGUUCGACGAAAUGCCCAUGAGAGAUAAUGUUUCUCGGAACACGGUGUUUAAUGGGUUUAUGAAGAACAGAGAGAUACAGUCUGGUUUUGUGUUGCUUAAGAGAAUGCUUACACCCGGUGGGUUUGAUCAAGCGACCUUGACGAUUGCUUUAUCGGUUUGCGAUACUCCAGAGCUCUGUUUGGUGACCAAGAUGAUCCACGGUUUAGCUGUUUUAAGCGGUUAUGACAAUGUAAUCCCCGUGGGGAACAGUUUGAUCACGUCUUAUUACAAAUGUGGGUGUUCUGUUUCUGGGAGAAUGGUUUUUGAUGAGAUGGUGCAAAGAAAUGUUAUAACUUGGACGGCUGUGAUUACUGGUUUGGUGCAGAAUGAGUUACAUGAAGAUGGUUUAAGAUUGUUUUGUUUGAUGCGUAGAGGAUUGGUUCAACCGAACUCAGUAACUUAUCUGAGCGCUCUAUCUGCUUGUUCAGGCUCACAGAGGGUAAUAGAAGGGAAACAGGUUCAUGCUCUUCUGUGGAAAGUUGGGAUUGAAUCAGAGCUACGCGUUGAGAGUAUGCUAAUGGAUAUGUACUCCAAAUGCGGAAGCAUUGAAGACGCCUGGAAUGUUUUUGAGUCCGCUGAAGAAACUGAUGAAGUUUCGAUGACUGUGAUGUUAGCUGGUUUAGCACAAAACGGGUCAGAGGAAGAAGCUAUACAUUUCUUCAUCAGAAUGCUGCAAGAUGGUGUGGAGAUAGAUGCAAAUGUGGUUUCAGCAGUUCUUGGAGUCUCGUUUGUGGAUAACUCUUUGGGUCUAGGCAAGCAGCUUCAUUCGUUGGUUAUCAAACGAAGAUUCUCCGGUAACACCUUUGUUAGCAACGGACUCAUCAACAUGUACUCAAAAUGCGGAGAUCUGGAUGAUUCACUCAGCGUGUUUAGAAGAAUGUCAGAAAGGAACUACGUUUCAUGGAACUCAAUGAUUGCAUCGUUUGCACGCCAUGGUCACGGAUUAGCUGCCUUGAAGCUAUACGAAGAAAUGAUUAGGCAAGACGUGAAGCCAACAGAUGUUACCUUUUUGUCACUGCUCCAUGCUUGUAGCCAUGUAAAGCUGAUCAACAAAGGCCAAGAACUCUUGAAACUGAUGCAAGAUGUCUACGGAAUCGAGCCUAGGACAGCGCAUAACGCCUGCAUCGUUGACAUGUUGGGGCGAGCUGGUCGUCUAGAAGAAGCAAAGAGUUUUAUAGACUCAAUGCCUACGAAACCUGACUGCCUGGUUUGGCAGGCGUUGCUUGGUGCUUGUAGUUUCUACGGUGACACUCAAAUAGGGAGAUAUGCAGCUGAGCAGUUGUUUCUCUCUGCACCUGAUAGCUCAGCUCCUCAUAUUCUGAUGGCUAACAUAUACUCAUCGAGAGGACAGUGGAAGGAGAGAGAGAAGACGAUCAAGAGAAUGAAAGCAAUGGGAGUGACUAAAGAAACAGGAGUAAGUUGGAUUGAAAUCGAGAAUCAAACACAUAGAUUUGUUGCUGACGACAAGUUGCAUCCACAAGGAGAGGCUAUACAUGAUGUUCUCUCUGAAUUGUUUGUUGUUAUGAUAGAUGAAGGUUACAUACAUGAUAAGAGGUUACUCUUCUGCAUGAAUACAUAAACAAAGAUUCCAAUU